AUGAUUGGCUUUGUGCCCGGUGUGCCCCCAACCCCCAAAUUCCCAAAUUCCAACAGAGGUGCCGGCUCGGCCAGCCGGAGGUUGGCUGGAGGGGAAACAAGGCCUCAAAGAAAUGGGACUGGGGUGCGGCCAUUUCUUCUGCCUUCCACCUCUGCCCCCCUGUUGGCCCAGAGUAUCGGGAGGUUCGCCACCUAUGUGGCCCAUCACAGCUGCUAUGAGGAGAGCCUGGGGAAGAAUUUGCCAUUUUCAAUGGAAAAUAAGUGGCGGUUACGGGCUAUGAUGGCUGUGUACUUUGGAUCUGGAUUUGCUGCUCCCUUCUUUAUGGUAAGGCUUCAGCUCCUUAAAAACAUGAGGAUAUUUGAUUCACCCCUUUAA